AAUGAAUGAAUUAAAUAAUGAACAAAAUCAGCUUCAAUCUAAUGAAGAAUCAGAUCAAUCAGAACAAACAGAAGCUGAAACUUGCUCGUUUAAACAAUUUAAGGAACGAAAAAAAUAUAAAAACCAAAAAUGA